UUGCGAGGAAGCCACUGUGUUAAAGUUCCGAAUUGACAUGGAAUGAACACAUGGGCUCCACAAGAUAGGGUAUACAAACUAAAUUUGAUAAAAUGUUGCGUCGAAAGAUUCAUACGGAGCAUCAACAGACUUCACACACAUCCAAUAAAGCUAGUAAGACCUUUUCUCGUAAACAAGCUCUAGGAAUUACGAAGAAGGGGAAGGAUGUCGAAGAGGAGAUUCUCGAAGGACUCGUCUUGGGGACCCCAGAUGAAGUUAUAAAAAAUCUGGAUGUUGGGAAACGAAAGACAGGAACAGAAGAGGAUGUGUUCGGUUUACAACCUCCACAAAAAAGAGAGAAGAAACCUGUGUGGGAGGAUGUAGAUGAUAUGGUUGGAAGUGUUCAAAUGACAAAGGCCAAGAAAUUUGAAGGCAUGAAACAGGGAGAGGAAUGCAGGAUACGAACAGAACAAUAUACAGUACGACUGAAAUCAAAGUUUGAGAAAGUAUCUUCAAAUCCUAACUGGUCAAAGUUCCGAGCUGAUGAUGUGGGACAGUCCGGAUCAGACGAUGACAGUGAUGCAGAGGAACUGAUGUCAAAGACAGGAAACUUCCUAACUACUGACCGCUCUCUCCCCAAAGGUUUUAUUCAGAUAAAACAGUGUCCUAACGCAAACAGGGAUUCCCCUCCCCAGGGGAAACUGUAUGCGGUUGAGUUUCAUCCAUCAGCACAGGUGAUCUUAACAGCGGGUUCAAACCAAACGUUGAGUUUGUUCCAGGUGGAUGGUAAAAACAACCCAAAGAUCCAAAGUGUCUUCCUCGAUAACUUCCCGAUCUUCUCGGCACAUUUCACCACUGAUGGCCAACAGGUCGUGCUCAGCUCCAAACACAGGAGUUUUGUUUACUACGACAUGAUAGCUGGCAAAGUCAUCAAUGUUCCAAAAAUAAAAGGGCUCGGAGAGACAAGGAUGAAGAAUUUUGUGAUGUCACCUGAUGGUCGCUUCCUUGUGUUCCUGGGAUCUCAUGGCAACAUGCAUCUAAUCUCUGCAAAGUCCAAAGAAUGGAUUCAAAGCCUGAAGAUGAAUGGAAGUGUUGAGUCGGUUUCCUUCUCGAGGGAUGGAGAGACCAUGUUCUCUCAUGGAGAUGAUGGAGAAGUGUAUAUCUGGGAUCUGGGCACCCGUGAAUGUGUACAUCACUUUAUUGACGACGGCUGUACCAAGGGCACCUGUAUCACAGCUUCUCCUAACGGACAAUAUCUGGCCUGUGGGUCAUACAGUGGAGUCGUAAACAUCUAUGAGACAAAGACCUGCCAGACAUCUAGGUCACCUAAACCCUUGAAAGCACUGAUGAACUUGACAACACCAUGUACAGAUGCCAUCUUUAAUCCUUCCUCAGAGAUACUGGCAAUGUCUUCAAACUUCACAGAAAAGGCUGUUAAGUUGGCUCAUCUGCCCUCUAUGACAGUGUUUUCCAACUAUCCAGAGCGCCAGGACCAUGAACUGCGUUUACCCAGAUCAAUGGACUUUUCCCCUAAUGGUGGUUACUUCACAGUGGGCACAAAUAAGGGCAGCGCCCUUUUGUAUAGGAUGAAGCACUAUGGGAAUUACUGAAUGAAGAGGAUCACUAUUAUAUAUUGUUACUAUAAAUAAACUAUGAAAAUACUUUGA